AUGUCUUCGUCAACAACGGUUGUCGUCAAGAAACGGGAACGCACACAGAAUUGGGUACCGGAAGAAAAAAACGCUCUCUUUUCCCUUAUAAAACUGCACGCACGAGCCAUUGAGAACAAGAAAAUUGACGCCACGGCAUCCGCCAUGAAAACCCUUGCCUGGCAGCAAAUCCACUCCGUUUUUCGGUCCAGAUUUUCAACGGACAGAGAUAUCAUCAGAAUGCGUGAACAGUGGCGGCGUAUGAAGGCGCAGGCCAGACUCGAGAUUUACUCCUUCGCCGAAAAGGUUCGAACACUUGGACCAGAAGAAGCCUCGAAGAAUCAGCCCUCGACUCUCUCGAUCGAAGUAUGGCGGUUGAUGGAAAGCUCGAGAAACCGUAACGAUGAAACUGGAUUGUCGAACGAUAGUGAUCGAGAUGAGGAUGCCGUUAGGCCAGAAGGUUUUCAAAGACUGCUAGACAGCGUGACAAAUUCGUCAACACCGACAGUAUCGGUGCACGAAGUGAAAGUUGAAGCCAACAGCGAUGGCUUCAAUGAAAACAAUGACGAACAGCCGGGAAACUCGACUGAGCAAUUAUUCCACCAGCAGAAAAGGGACGAUGGACAAAUGGAGAAAACGGCAACGAAUCAAAAGAGGACCAAGAUGGACGAGGAUUUGCUCAUGCAUAUCGAACAAGGCGAGAGUGGAGAAUACAGUAGUGAUGCGUUUUCUCAGCUUCAUCGAGAGUGUCAGCGCAGCGAUGUGCAGAAAGAAGCUUGGAUUUUCGAAGCGACGCAGCAACAGCAUAACCUGAAACUUGAAAUGCUUCAUCUCGAGCUGCAAAGAGCUGAGCUGCAAAAACAGGCUGCUCUUAAUGAGCUUAAAACUUCAGAGCUUAAAAAGCACCUGAUCGAAAAUCAAGCUGCUGAAUUUCACAGGUAAAUUUCUACGUCUGGAACGAAUACGCGAGUCGACGCGCGAUCAUGUCUCAU